GUAAAGCGCACAGGCUAAUGCUAACGCGGCUCUCGCUCUCGCGCGCGGCGGCGCUCUGCGCGUGCACCGGGGACGCUGUCAUCCGCACGGCCGCUAACGGACGGUAAACUAUCCCUCGCGUUGUAUUUCCACCGGCGACGUGACGCUACCGGGUAGGCAAUUCAAGUUGUACCUGUGGUUUAUGACCGUUUAAGGUGGCUCAAAUUAAAGAUAUGUGUUUAAUCCUCCGCCAAAUCGACGCUCAAUUCGAGGCCUGACUUCACUCCAGUCAGUUAGCAGCAACGGACACACGCAGCAGUUCAUUCACCGACGUUACGAAGGAAUAACAGAGAGGAUGCCAGCUCCGAUCAGACUGCGGGAGCUGAUCCGGACCAUCCGGACGGCUCGAACCCAGGCAGAGGAGCGGGAGAUGAUCCAGAAAGAGUGUGCUGCCAUCAGGUCAUCCUUCAGAGAAGAGGACAACACAUACCGCUGUAGAAAUGUGGCUAAGCUUCUUUAUAUGCACAUGUUGGGCUACCCAGCACACUUUGGCCAGCUGGAGUGCCUGAAACUGAUUGCAUCACAGAAGUUCACAGAUAAAAGGAUAGGAUACCUGGGAGCCAUGCUGCUUCUUGAUGAGAGGCAGGACGUCCAUCUAUUAAUGACAAACUGCAUCAAGAAUGACUUGAAUCACAGUACACAGUAUGUGCAGGGACUGGCCCUGUGCACUUUGGGCUGCAUGGGCUCAUCCGAAAUGUGCCGUGACUUAGCUGGAGAGGUGGAGAAACUCCUCAAGACAUCAAAUUCUUACCUGAGGAAAAAGGCUGCACUGUGUGCAGUUCACGUCAUCCGCAAGGUCCCAGAGCUGAUGGAGAUGUUCCUUCCAGCAACAAAAAACCUGCUCAGCGAGAAAAAUCAUGGAGUUCUCCACACAUCUGUUGUUCUGCUCACUGAAAUGUGUGAGCGAAGUCCUGACAUGCUCUCGCACUUUAGGAAGAAUGAAAAGCUGGUUCCACAACUUGUGCGAAUCCUGAAGAACCUGAUCAUGUCAGGCUACUCUCCUGAGCAUGAUGUGUCCGGCAUCAGUGACCCUUUCCUGCAGGUGCGGAUAUUGAGGCUACUGAGAAUUCUGGGAAAGGGGGACGAUGACUCUAGUGAAGCUAUGAAUGACAUUCUUGCACAGGUUGCAACGAAUACAGAGACGAGUAAAAAUGUAGGCAAUGCUAUCCUCUAUGAAACGGUUCUUACUAUUAUGGACAUCAAAUCAGAGAGUGGUCUGAGGGUUUUAGCAAUUAACAUUCUAGGACGUUUUCUUCUCAACAAUGACAAAAACAUCAGAUAUGUGGCAUUGACAUCUCUACUGAAGACGGUUCAGACAGACCACAAUGCUGUGCAGAGACAUCGAAGCACUAUCGUGGACUGCUUAAAAGACCUUGACGUGUCCAUUAAAAGGCGUGCAAUGGAGCUGAGCUUUGCCCUCGUCAAUGGCAACAACAUCCGGGGCAUGAUGAAGGAGCUUCUGUAUUUCCUGGACUCCUGUGACCCCGAGUUCAAAGCGGACUGCGCAUCGGGGAUCUUCCUGGCUGCUGAGAAGUAUGCGCCUUCCAAAAGAUGGCACAUAGACACCAUUAUGAGGGUUCUGACCACGGCAGGGAGUUACGUUCGGGACGACUCUGUGCCCAACCUCAUUCAGCUCAUCACAAACAGCGUAGAGAUGCAUGCGUACACUGUACAGAGACUCUACAAAGCCCUCCUGGACGACAUCUCCCAGCAACCUCUAGUACAGGUGGCAUCCUGGUGCAUAGGGGAGUAUGGAGAUCUGUUGGUCUCAGGCCAGUGUGAGGAAGAGGAACCUAUUCAGGUUUCUGAAGAUGAGGUUCUGGAUGUCUUAGAAGGUCUCCUGGUUUCUAACUUGUCCGCCCCUGUAACGAGAGGUUAUUCUCUAACUGCUAUCAUGAAGCUGUCGACCCGUUUCAGCAGUGUGAAUCGAAUCAAGAAAGUGGUCUCGAUAUAUGGCAGCAGCAUAGAUGUGGAGCUACAGCAGAGAGCUGUGGAAUAUAACGCACUUUUCAAAAAAUAUGAUCACAUGAGACCUGCAUUACUAGAGCGAAUGCCUAUCAUGGAGAAAAGCGCCACCAACGGCCCAGCAGAGAUUGUACAGACCAAUGGAGAAACAGAUGCACCCAUUCUGGACACAAAACAUCCGCCCAACAUCCCUCAGCCAAUCAGUCAGGCAAAUGAUUUAUUAGACCUACUCGGAGGUAAUGAUGUGGUACCUGUUAUCCAAACAACCGCUCCCACAAAGCCGGCGUCAGCUGGAGGAGAACUGCUGGAUCUGCUAGGAGAUCUUUCUCUGACAGGCGGUCCGGCCCCCACCCCUGCUCCCUCUGUGCCCAUGUCCCAGCCCCCUUUCCUUUUGGACGGUCUCACUUCACAGCCCCUCUUCAAUGACAUUGGAGCGGGCAUUCCACCAAUGACGGCGUACAAUAAAAAUGGAUUGAAAAUCGAGUUCACGUUUGAACGCUCCAACCCCAAUCCCAAUAUAGCGGUAAUCACCAUCCACGCCACCAACACCACAGAGGUGGACAUGACAGAAUUUGUGUUCCAGGCUGCAGUACCAAAGACGUUCCAGCUGCAGCUUCUGUCCCCCAGCAGUAAUGUAGUCCCAGCACUCAACCAGGGAAGUGUCACGCAGGUCAUCAGGGUUCUCAACCCACAGAAGCAACAGUUGCGAAUGCGGAUCAAGCUGACAUACACUCACAAAGGCUCUCCAGUACAAGACCUAGCCGAGGUCAACAACUUCCCCCCUCAGUCCUGGCAGUGAUUUUGCUACCCUUCUCGAUCUUAAAGACCUCCCCUCCCCGGCAAGGGAACUAUGGGAAAGAUGUCCCCUCCCCAUUCCCGAAAUGAUCCCCCGUGACAUCACCACCGAUCGCUGCCCUGGGGUUGCAUGGGAAGCAGUGGAAUCUUCCUGACGCUGAGAUGAUGGUAUGAAGACUGAUGUUCAUGAUGAUGCUGAUUACAGCGACAACGAUGAAGAAAAAAAAAAUCACUAAUAUCUCAAUACAUAUCUUUUCAUUGGUUACUUUGCCCCGUCUGUCUUUCUCUCUGCUUCGGGGUUCGUGCAAAAAUUGUCCAUACUCACACACUUGCACUUAACGUUGUGCAUUCUCACUUAUACCCUCACUAUAUAGUGCACUCCGGUUUCACCCUUGGCGCGUACAUGGAGAAAACAUCACUCGCGGCCACUAUUCAAAGGAGCUGCUUGGUUGAUUUUUGUCUCUUUUGUUUGAUUUAUUAUUAUUUUCUUCAUGUUUUUAAUCUUGUUAAUGGGUUUUGGUGUAUUUUAAGAUAAAAAAAGCAAAACAAAAACAUGCUGAAUGAAUUGCAAAAGUCUGAACAUUUGCACCUUAAAGCAUUUCAGAAUCAAGAGGAACGCGGGUUGUGACGGCGCCUUAAAUUAUCAUUGUACAUGGCAUUUCUUAAAUUUUUUUCGUGUACGGUUGAUCUAAUGUCCUGUAAUAAAGUAUACCAGAUUGAAUGCUCCGGAUACACGCUGUGUUUUGGCUACACACGCAUCUCAUUUGAAUCUGGCUUGGCUCAUUGUCUGUCAGCAGUCAUAACUGUGUUGAAGCAUCAUGAGUUAGGGGAGAUCGUUCAGCACAUACAUCGAUCCUCGACUUGUUGUUUGAAAGCAAGACAGCUUGGAUUGAGGUAAACUUCAUUGGAGUUUAAAGAAACACUCUACUUUUUUGGGAAAUAGGCAUCAUCUAGAGUUGAAAAGUCGAGUUUUACCAUUUUUGAAUCCGUUCAGAUAUCCAGCACUUUUAGCUUAGCUUAGCAUAAAUCAUUGAAUAGGAUUAGACCGUUAGCAUCUUCCUCAAUGUCAAAAAAAGUUUUGAGCAUUAACUAAUUUCAACAGAAAAAGAAAAGUUGCUAUUUUCCAAGCCAAUAUGGCUAGGAACUAUACUAUUAUUAUGGCGUAAUAAUCAAGAAACUUUGCUGUUGUUUAGCUCAUAUAGUUCUAGUUCCUAGGAAAAUAGCAUCUUUUUGAUAUUUGUUGGUCCUAGUACAUCUGUAGAAGAGUUGAGCUUUAAAUGGGAUUCUGUAUUUUUUAAGGUAGAUGCUAAUGGUCUAAUCCGAUUCAGCGAUUUAUGCUAAGCUAAGCUAAAAGUGCUUAUAUCAAACCCGGAGGUUGGCUGAAUUGAUUCACAAAUGGUGCAUUAAAUAGGAAGAUUGUGAAAUGUCUGUAUUUUUUAAGGUAGAUGCUAAUGGUCCAAUCUCAUUCAGUGAUUUAUGCUAAGCUAAGCCAAAACUGCUAAUAUCAAACCCAGAGGUUGGCUGAAUUGAUUCUCAAAUGGUGCUUUAAAUAGGAAAAUCAUGAAACGUCUGUGUUUUUUGAGGUAGAUGCUAAUGGUCUAGUCCGAAUCAAUGACUUAUGCUAAGCUAAAAGCAUUUAAACCAGACUCCAAGAUUGGCUGAAUUGAUUCACAAAUGGUAAAACUAAACAUUUCAACUAUAGGAGCUGUAAAAUGAGCCUUUUGCAGCCUUUUGCCAACAAUAUGUGUAACUUUAGUCUGUAUUUGAGGUGGAUGCUAAUGGUCUAAUCUGAUUGAAUGAUUUAUGCUAAGCUAAAAGAGCUUUCACUAGACUCUGAGAUUGGCUGAAUUGAUUCACAAAUGGUAAAACUCGACUGUUCGACACUAUUGGAGCUGUAAAAGGAGCCUUUUCCCAACUAUGCUAAUGGUCUAAUCCGAUUCAUUGAUUUAUUUUAAGCUAAGCUAAAAGCUAAAUCAAACCUGAAGAUUGGCUUAAUGGAUUCACAAAUAGUAAAACUAAACUGUUUAACUCUAUCAAAGCUGUAAAAUGAGCUUAUUUCUAUCAAUAUGUAACUAUAUAGUCUGUAUUAUUAUUAUUUUUUUAGGUAGAUGCUAAUGGUCUAAUCCGAUUCAAUUAUUUAUGCUAAGCUAUAAGAGCUCCUACUAGACUCUGAGAUUGGCUGAAUUGAUUCACAAAUGGUAAAACUAAACUGUUCAACAAUAUAGGAGUUGUCAAAUGAGCCUCUUCCAACUAUAUGCAACUAUAGUCUGCAUUUUUUUAAGUAAAUGCUAAUGGUCUAACCGAUUCAAUGAUUUAUGCUAAGCUAAGCUAAAAGUGCUUAAAUCAAACCUGGAGAUUGGCUUAAUGGAUUCACAACUUGUAAAACUAAACCGUUCAACUCUAUAGGAGCUGUAAAAUGAGCCUUUUCAAACAAUAUGCAAGUAUAAUCAAUUUUUUGAGGUACAUGCUAACGAUCUAAUCCAAUUCAAUGAUUUAUGCUAAGCUAAGCUAAUCUAAAAGUACUUAACCCAACCCAAAGAUUGGCUGAAGUGAUUCACAAAUGGUAAAACCAAACUGUUCAACUUUAUGUUAGCUAUAAAAUGAGCCUUUUCCAACUAUAUGUAACUAUAGUCUGUAUUUUUUGAAGUACAUGCUAAUGGUCUAAUCCGAUUCAAUGAUUUAUGCUAAGCUAAGCUAAAAGUGUUUACACCAAACCCGGAGGUUGGCUGAAUUGAUUCACAAAUGGUAAAACUAAAAUGUUCAGCUCUAAAGGAGCUGUAAAAUGAGCCUAUUUCCAAAAAAUGUGGAGUGUUCCUUCAAGAGUGUUGCUGGUUUCUGUUUGCGCAUCAACAUUGCACCCCCUUCCACCCCCCCCCCCCCCCCCCCCUUCCACCACCAAAAAAAUCCUCUAAUAUGAAAUAUUAUGUUUGCCUCUACUCUUCACAGAUGGUGUGUUCUUGUAUUGAUUCUUAUUUGUUUUAUUUCAAAUAUUAUAAUACAUCUAUGUAGAAUUAAAUAUAAAUAGCCUACACUAAAGAUUGAUUUUUAGCACGGUCCCACUGGAUCUAUUAAAUGUGAUAGCUUGAUCUUCAAAUUGAUUUCUCACUAAAUUAACACCUAUAGAGAGGCCCGGCGAUGUGUAAUGAGAUCACAGUCUGCGUAGAAUGCUGUAAAUGUAGACUAUGAAUAUAAGGCCUUCAUGAAUGUAGUUAUAUGCACUGAAUGGACUUUUGUUUUUCUUUUGUUUGACUUUGUGCAGUGAUUUGAAGUACAGAAAUAUUGCCUGAUUUAAAGCAAUGUGCCUUUGUCAUAACCGCUGAUGCGAGACGAUUGGUUAUGGUUACAGGAACAGCAAGAAACGUGACGUCUGACGAGUAGAGGAUCUUUUUGUUUUGCUGUCAUUUCAGUCUUGUGUGUUAGUUUGUCUCUUCUCGCAGCUUCCAAAGGCAGUCCGCAACAUUAACCUGAAUAUACCUCACAUUGUCUUCGUUUUUUCAUUUUGAGAAUAACGACUGUUUCAUCAAGUCACCGAAAUGCUCUCUUUGGCGUCUGUACCCUCAUCUCUCGCUGCUCUUCGUUUUCUCGAUCACUUUUUUUUGUUGUUGUUGGCGUGAUCACAUUCGCUCUGCCACACUGAAGUCUGGUGACCAAAAUCAAGAGAUAUUGGGCCUUGGGAAAUAUUUUUUAGCAAUGUUAUGUAUAUGGAGGAAAACGAAACGACUUCAUUCUGUUAGAAUCUGUCUGUCCCUUUGUUUUGCGAUCCUUUUGAUUUCUUGGCUUUUUUUUUCUGUACAUAUUGAGGGCUUUUAAGAUGCAUCAUCGUCCCUUUUUAAGAUCCCAUUUUCUAAGACUUCCUUUCAGUACUGCACAGUGUAUAAUGUUCGAAGCUUUCCCCUCGGAAAAUAGUCUAACGUACCUGUUUGAUUGAUUGAUUGAUUGAUUGAUUGUUUAUUGGAAAGAUAAUGUACUAUGUGCUGCCUGUAUAUUGUAUAUAAUUGUAAAACGCAUCAAAAAGAUCAAAUCAAAUAAAAAUCCCAUUUGAAGACCUA